GUGAAAAAGUCGGUAUUCAUAGGCAGCAUAUUAGAAAUCUGACUAAGAAAGAAAGAUGUAAGACAACAUUCAGGAACAUGCAGUAGAGGAACAUUUGAGUAUUUCCGUUUUUUAUAAAAUGAACAACUGUGAUAAAUACAAACAACUGGCCAAGGAAGUUUUAAACCUUAUUAUUGUGCAUUUUAUUCAACUGGUCCCAAUGCCAGAAAAAUUGGAGAAGUUGAACAAGAUGUCAGAAAAAUUCGUAACAUUGGAAUCUCGGCUCAUAUUGACUCUGGUAAAACAACAUUAACAGAGAGAUUAUUAUUUUACUCAGGAAAACUUGCUGAAAUGCAUGAGGUUAGAGGUAAAGAUAAAGUGGGAGCCAAGAUGGAUUUUAUGGAAUUGGAACGUCAGCGUGGUAUCACUAUCCAGUCAGCAGCUACAUAUGUCAGUUGGAAGGGGACAAAUAUAAAUAUAAUUGACACUCCAGGACAUGUAGAUUUCACUGUAGAAGUAGAGCGAGCUUUACAUGUGUUAGACGGUGCUAUAUUAGUAUUAUGUGCUGUGGGUGGCGUUCAGACACAAACAAUGACAGUUAAUAGACAAAUGAAACGAUACAAUGUGCCAUGCGUAGCAUUUAUUAAUAAAUUAGACAGAAUGGGAGCUAAUCCAUAUAGAGUUCUAUCACAAUUAAAAUCUAAAUUAAACCAUAAUGCAGCAUUAUUACAGAUACCAAUUGGUAUUGAAUCAGAUUGUGAAGGAAUAAUAGAUCUCAUUCAUAGAAAAGCUUUAUAUUUUGAAGAACCACAUGGCUUAACAAUAAGGGAGGAUGAAAUUCCUUCAGAAUUCCGGCAGGAAGCUGAAGAUAGAAGACAAGAAAUGAUAGAACAUGUAGUAAAUGUAGAUGAACAUUUGGCAGAAAUAUUUCUGGAAGAGAGACAACCAACUGAAGAUGAGCUUCAGGCUGCAGUAAGACGUGCAUGUAUAAAAAGAGAUUUUACACCUGUACUUGUGGGGACAGCUUUGAAGAACAAAGGUGUACAGCCUGUGUUAGAUGGUAUUGUAAACUAUUUACCUAACCCAUCAGAAGUAAACAACUUUUGUUUGGAUAACUCUAAAGGAAUAGAAAAUCCUGAGAAGGUAUUGAUGAACCCAGACAGGAACCAGGACAAACCGUUUAUUGGUUUAGCAUUUAAACUUGAAGCUGGAAAGUAUGGACAGUUGACAUAUAUGAGAUGUUAUCAAGGUGGAAUCAAGAAAGGCAGUGAUGUCAUUAUUAACGCACGAACAAAUAAAAAGACAAAAGUUUCCCGCUUAGUCAGAAUGAACGCAGAUGAGAUGGAGGAUAUAACUGAGGCCUAUGCAGGAGAUAUUGUAGCUUUAUUUGGUGUAGAAUGUGCUGGAGGUGACACAUUUGUAUCAAAAGGAACUUCUAACCUUUCACUGGAAUCUAUGUUUGUACCUGAUCCAGUUAUUUCAAUGUCCAUAAAACCAGUUAACAGUAAAGAUAUAGAGAACUUUUCCAAAGGUAUUAAUAGAUUUAGUAGAGAAGACCCUACAUAUCAUGUGUACUGGGAUGAUGAGGCCAAGGAAACUAUUUGUUCUGGUAUGGGAGAGCUUCACCUGGAUAUUUAUGCACAGAGAUUAGAAAGAGAAUAUAAUUGUAAAGUGGCACUUGGAAAACCAAAAGUAGCAUUUAGAGAAUCUGUAGUAGAGAAAAUGGCUUUUGAUUACCAACAUAAGAAGCAAUCAGGAGGAAGAGGGGAGUAUGGUAGAGUUAUAGGUUUUAUGGAGCCCUUACCACCAGAGGCAAACACGAAACUAGAAUUUUUAGACAAGACAGUGGGAACAAAUGUUCCAAAGAAUUUUAUUUCCUCAAUAAAACGGGGUUUCCUUAGAGCUUGUGAGAAAGGCUAUUUGACAGGAAAUAAAGUGGCUGGUGUAAAGUUUACCUUAGUGGAUGGAGCCCAUCACAUAGUGGAUUCCAGUGACUGGUCCUUUGAACAAGCUGCAUAUUAUGCUACUCAGGAAUGUUUUACUGAAGGUGUUUGGAAUGUUCUAGAACCAGUUAUGUUAGUAGAGGUCAACUGUCCAGCAGAAUACCAAGGAACAACCAUGCAGUGUAUCACCAAGAGGAAUGGUGUUAUCAUUGGAACAGAUGCUAACGAAGGAUACUUUACUCUGUAUUGUGAGGUUGCUUUGAAUGAAAUGUUUGGAUUUUCGACGGAGUUAAGAUCAAUGACUCAAGGAAAAGGAGAAUUUGUGAUGGAAUUCAGUAAAUAUUGUCCUGCUACUCCAGCUACACAAGAAACACUUAUACAAGAUUAUCAGGACAGUCUAGAAAAAACUAAAACUAAAAAGAAAAAUUGAUACACAUUUAUAAUUAGAAUCAAAUAAUUUUUAAAUUAACUUGUUUGUUUGUACGAUCAGUGAUAUGGACCAUGUUCUGUUCUGAGGCAGUCAUGGUGGUUUUUAUGACAAAACUUUUGACUGCUCACAGUUGGUCUGGCUCAUAGUCAGAGUGGUUUUUAAGCAAGAACUAUGAUUUAUUACAGUGAGUCUGACACUUGGUUAGUGUGGAUUUUAUGACAUUUAAACUGAUCAAACAUGAUCACAUAGUCGUUAUGGCUUGUAUUUCAGAACACUGACCGAAGACAUAUGGUCAUUAUGGGGUUUAUGUAAAAGAUUGAGGACUGUUUCAUCAGUUUUUAUGUUAAUUAUUACUUAUUUUUAAUAUUGGUUGAGUUUUUUACUUUUUCACUUUUUAAGUUGUAUUUGAAAAUAUUACCCCCAAGAAGAGAAAGGUAAAAUAAAACAAAUCUUUUGAGAAUUGGGUAUUGAUUUAGAAGCUUAAAACUUUUGUUGUUAUGCUAUUUCAAAAUAUAAUAAUAAUAAUAAAUGACAUUCUUUGCAUUCUUAUGUUGUAAAAAUUGUAUUUCACGACAAAUUUUGAACCCAAUAUCAUCAGUCUCAUUGUCAUUAGUUUCAUCCUUGAUUUUAUGAUUAAACUAUUUAUUUGUU